GUAUCAGAACACAGACGAUGCCUCACUAGGCAGACCUGCUGGGACACGGGGCUGGUGCCGGGAGAUAAGCCAGGCUCCUUGGAGCUCGUGUGCAAGUCAUUCUACUGAGGGGCCCGCCUCCAGCUUGAUGAGUCUCAAUUAGCAAAAGCCAGGCUGGUGGGGGAAGGGAGGAGAGCAUUCUUCAUUCCCGUCACGUCCUGUAUCUCUGCUCCAGCCCGCACCCAGGGCUUCCCUCCUGGGCUCUACAGCUCAGGUCAGGCCGAGGAACCAUGUCCCCAUCCAUGGCUGCCUUCUUCUGUCUUGGGCUGUGUCUGGGGCAGGUGAUACAGGCUCAGAAAGAGCCUAGACCUCUGCUAGGCUCUGCUCUCCUUCCAGGCCCACUGCCCAAGCCCUCCCUCGAGGCCCGGCCCAGCUCCCUUGUGCCCCUGGGGAAGCCGGUGACCAUCAGCUGCCAGGGCCCUCCAGGCGUGGACUUGUACCGCCUGGAGGAACCGACGUCCCGGAAGUAUUCGGACCAGGCGGAGCUCUCCAUCCCGGCCUUGGAAGGACGCUUCGUCGGACGCUACCGCUGCUUCUAUCGGAGCGGGAACCGCUGGUCUCCCCCCAGCAACGAGCUGGAGCUGGUUGCUACUGGAGUUUUCACCAAGCCCUCGCUCUCAGCCCAGCCCAGCACUGCAGUGGCCCCAGGAGUGGACGUAACUCUAUGGUGUCAGAGCCAGUAUAGUUUUGACCAAUUUGCUCUGUACAAGGAGGGGGACACUGGGCCCUUCAAGACACCUGAAAGGUGGUACCAGGCUGAUUUUCCCAUCACCAUGGUGACUGCAGCCCACAGCGGGACCUACCGAUGCUACAGCUUUUCCAGCAGAUCUCCAUACCUGUGGUCGGCCCCCAGCGACCCCCUGGAGCUCGUGGUCACAGGGACCUCUUUUCCCCCCAGCUGGCUGCCCACAGAAACACCUUCCUCUGUAACAGAAUUCUCAGAAGCCUCCAAGAAACGGAACCACUCACUUGUGAACGAAGUUUCCACCACUGAAACUUCUAGGAAUAUCACCAUCCUUCCAAAGGAGUCAGACCCUCCAACCGGUGAGUCUUGCCUUCCAGUAUUACACUAAGAGCAAUCUGGUCCGGAUCUGCCUUGGGGCUUUGCUUCUAAUACUCCUGGUGGGGCUUCUGGCCGAAGAUUGGCACAGCCGAAAGAGACCCCUGGUGCGCCGGGUCAGAGCUGCCCACAGACCAUUCCCACGCCUCCCUCAGACCCAGAAGUCACCCAGUUGUCAGGAUGGGGGUCGACCAGAUGAUCGUAACUGAGGAUGACAUCAUUAGAAUCCCAAGAAAGUUGAGAACAAAAGACAACAGCAAGGACCAGCAACCUGUGGCCAAUGGCUGAAUCUGGCCUACGGCUUGUUUUUGUCAAUAAAGUUUUAUUGGAACACAGCCCAUUCGCUAUAUAGUGUCUGUGGCUGCUUUCUUUCUGCAAUGGCAGAAUUGAGUAGUUGCUACGGAUAAUAUAUUUCCUGCAAAAUUGAAAGUAUUUACUAUCUGGCUCUGCAGAAAAAGUUUGCUGACCUCUGGUUAAGAGCAUGUGCUCUAGGGCUUCCCUGGUGGCACAGUGGUUGAGAAUCUGCCUGCCAAUACAGGGGACACAGAUUCGAUCCCUGGUCCGGGAGGAUCCCACAUGCUGCAGAGCAACUAAGCCCCGUGCACUACAGCUACUGAGCCUGUGCUCUAGAGCCCGCGAGCCACAACUACUGAGCCCGUGUGUCACAACUUCUGAGCCCACGUGCUGCAACUACUGAAGCCCACGUGCCUAGAGCCCGUGCUCUGCAACAAGAGAAGCCACCGCAGUAAGAAGCCCGCGCACCUCAACAAAGAGUAGCCCCCACUCGCGGCAAGUAGAGAAAGUCCGUGUGCAGCAACAAA